GUACCUAAAUAACAUUUAUGACAAUAUGAAAGGAUGAUUAAAUGUACCAAGUAAUUUCAUUAGGUAAAUUUGAAAUUGGAAAUUAGGUCCUUUUUUAGUGAAUCCAGCGAGCACUUUGUCUGUACGGCUCCUUCUCUGGUAUAUCAAAGAUGUGACCAACCCGACUAUGGAACAUCACGCCCCCAGGAUGUAAGCAGAAGCCAAGGACCUGCUCUGGAAGUUCGCCAGUUAAUGCAGCAGAUUGGUUGAAACGCCCCGGUGCACGCUUAGUCAUAAGAAGUGUCCGGCAUAGUGCGCGCUGCGUCUGCGUCUGUGAUUUGGAGGUUAUCGAAGGACUCGUUGCGACAUGGAGAGGUUGCCAGACCGUUUCCUGGUGAUGGUGCUGCAGCACCUGGACUACAAGGAGCUGUUCGCUUGCCGCGUCACCUGUAAGAGGAUCCACGCCGCGGCCCUGGAUCCCGCCGUGUGGCGCCACCGCAGCGCCGGUGAGGAGGAGACGGUCCGCUGGCUGCGCCCAGUGCUCCGCUUUGCGCCGUGCCUCGCCAAGCUGGAGGUCAACUACCCGCCGGUGUACCCGGGCACGCCGACCCGACUCCCGUACGACACCACCAAGUGCGCCGUGGAGACGCUCAACAUGGGUAUGGACGGCUUUGUGAGCAUAGCUGACGUGCUUCUCGCCGCCAAGAUCAUCCGAAACCAGGAGAAGCUGGGUCGCCUGAAGCACCUGGAGGUGGAGUUCCAAGAGGACUGCACCGUCGUGGACUCCAGCCAGGCCGUCCUGUUCAAGACGGCGCUCUCGACGUCCACCCUGGAGAGCCUGGAGCUGGCCGGGUGGCCUACAGAGGACGCGGCCAAUAUCGUUUUCGAGAGUGUGGUGCGCGUUCAGAUGCCGCCCCUGAAGUCGAUCAAGUGUGAUCUGGCCGUGCACAUGAAGCCCUUCAUCAAUCUCGUUCUAGACAAGCUCGCCAACACCCUGGAGAAGGUCAACUUCCACUCGUAUGUGUACCCCGAUGACCCUAACAUGUGUCUUGCUACCGAGAUGUCCUCGCCGACGGUGACUCUGCUGGCGGGCAUGCCAAACUUGCGGUGGCUGGACUGUCCCCCGUUUGCCGGCAUCGAGGUCUUGGGCAGAUGCAAGUCGCUCAGAGAAAUCACCAUCACCAUGCAGGAAGAGUGGAACGCUGGCCUCCAGGGCGUCGCCAGGUUCCUCCGCCAAGCCACCCAUCUGCGCAAAGUCUGCCUGAUGCACCGCACCGCGGUAGAGAAGCCCAGUAGCCCCGGCGUGGACCUUGUCCUUGCGCUGGCCUCGUCAAAGGAGUCGGAAGUCGAGGAGCUCCGCGUGAGUAACUUCUUCAAACUGUCUGACGCCACCAUGCCCCACCUCAAGCCGUUACUCAGUGCCCUGCCCAUGCUGCCGAACCUGCGUCUGCUCUGGCUGGAAGAGGCUGCGGACGCGUUCCUGACGGCCAUCACCCCCACCAACGCACCCGCCCUGCGGUGCCUGCGACUGAUACCAUCGUUCAGGUCCGUGAUGAGCAGUGACUGCUCCCACGCUUGGGUCCACAAGAAGGCAGCCCAAACGCUGCUUUCAAAGAACCCCUCCCUGCAUGUGCGUCUGGACUUUCCUCCCUGCGAGAAGAAACGCGAACGUUGCAAGUUUUGUCGCCUUAGCUGCCACAAAGCUUUGAGGCGCGUUUCCGCUUGGAAAGACUCUGUUGGACUCUUCGCGCACCCUGAAAACGAUUGUCCCGCACCUGAUUUUCACACGAAAUCUAACUUUGUGUGGAUUGAAAUGUGAGUGAUUUUUGUUUUGAACUAGUGAGGGUUUCUACUAAGUAUUCUAAUUAUCCUUUCGUGCAGGCAGUGCAGGCAUGUGCCUCCAAGUUAUUUUGGUGAUCUAGUUUUCUUUUCUUCUGUAUUAUUGUUAAUUUUAGUUUACUUUUGCUGGAGCCUAUCAUUACUACUUUUCUUGUUUGACGACUUGUAGAAUAUUUUUGUUUAUUUUUGCUGGAGCCUAUCAUUAAUACUUUUCAUGUUUAAUUUGAUUUCUGUUCGAACCCUUAUUUCGCUAUAUAUAGUCGGGCUGAUCAUUCAUCAUGUAAGGUGUUACAUGCGAAAAGCUUAUGUAUUCCGAUAACCUUUCAACUUGUUAAUACAUUGCAUUUCCUAUAAACCCUGUUUUUAAGAAGAGAAUGUAUUAAUGCUUGGACCUCUGGCUUUGGUUAACUUCUUUGUUUCCGUUAUCAAUAAAAAUCAUCAGAGCUUGCUCCUGUUUGAGAUUA